CCCCCUCAUCAGUCUCUGGGGAGCAGGGGAUUAUAGAAAUAUAAAAAUGCACAAGAGAGGGAUGCUGACAGAAAAGAGGAGAGAGGAAGCAGGAGAGCGGGAGGGAGACGGAGCGACGCUAUUGGUUGACUUUUAUAACACCGACCGUGGUUGAAAUUUUUCUCUCGCAGUCUAAGAAAUAGUGGAAAGAGGCAGCCAGAGACGGCAGACUCAGGAAAUACACAUCUCUGGAAAAAAAAAAAAAAGGGCGGUCUGUAGCAGAGGGGCUUUGGGUAGACGAGAUGAGAGGCUGGUACCAAUAAGUCAUGACUUCUGAGAGCCGUGGAGAUGUCUUGCUUAUCAACAGGAGUGUUUUCAAAAUCGGCACAACUGCGCACUGUGAACACGUAGAUUCCCUACAGGGUUCUGGUUAAAUCUUUUCCCCUACACUCCUUUUUUCUUCUUCUUCUUCUUCUUCUUCUUUUUUUAAUUGUUUCCGGCCAGAAGUGAAACAUUUUCCUGGAGAAGAACCUGCGUGUGAAGGCUCUCUCUCUCUCUCUCUUUUGAGGUUGGAGAACUCUGAGGAAUGCAUCUGAGACGCAGAAAUAGGGCAGACAACACUGACAUGGUGCUGACCCAAACUGACAGAAACAAGGGCAGAGUGGACUGUUCAGAGGCAGACACGGCUGCACCCGCAGACAGGUACUCCCUACUCGAUGUUAAGGUCAGUUUAAGGUAUCCGUCCUUGCUUUUGGUCGUGUAUUUGAGUGUUUCAAAAUUUCGUGUCGAUUCCAAACUUGUGCGUGCCGUUUGAGUCCUCCUUUGGUAAAUCACUGGAGCAACAAGUAUUUGCCACAAUAAGCCUGCAAAGCAAUACCUUCAACUUUAGGAGGGAAUUAUAAAUGCUCAUCAGCCUACUGAUAGAAACAAGCUGGAUGUUUAUAAAACCGUUAAAUAUGACCUGGAAUAACAUGCCAAUAAGGGUGUCUUAGUCUGAACUGUAAGCCAUAGUAAACUUGACUACCAUAAGCCAUAACCACCCUGGACAGUAAUCCUGUUUUUUCUUAUUCUUUCUUUUUUUUCUUCUUUUUUACUGCUCUUAAUAUCGACAACAAUCCUGCGAUUCUGCAGUCGGUGUGCCCAUCAGACACUUUUACCUUCAGAGACAUAUGUGUAGGUUUUGUCUCAGGAGAAACUCCUCGGCGGAAGAGGAGGCAGACUAUUUGCCUGUAAGAGAAAAAAAAGAGGAGCACCGGGUGUGUGUGCGUUGGGGGCAACAACAGUGAAACUGUGGCUGAGAACAGAUUUCCUCAGAGCUCCCCGAACCCCAGCGAGACGUCCUGCCGUCAGCCGCACAAAAGGGGAGACAAGCACUGGAAGCAGCUUGAGCUCACUAUUGAUCGUCACUGUCAGUGAUUGCUCUGCUCACACCUGAAGUGGAAACAGACAAUAAGCAGCCGCUCAGGAGGGAGGAACACCGGCAGCCUGAAAACAAUACAGAAAGAAAGCAGGCGGGAAGUUUUUGGAUUCUUUUUUUUUUGUUUGUUUGUUUUUUGUCCCCCUCCUCCGGUCAUCAGGCUGGCUGGGGAAGACAUGGCGUUCACCUUCGCGGCCUUCUGCUACAUGCUCACCCUGGUUCUGUGCGCCGGGCUCAUCUUCUUUGUCAUAUGGCAGAUCAUUGCAUUUGAUGAACUCCGCACAGACUUCAAAAACCCCAUUGAUCAGAGCAAUCCCACCAGAGCGAGAGAAAGGAUCUUAAACAUCGAGCGGAUCUGCAACCUGCUCCGCAGAUUGGUGGUACCAGAGUACUCCAUCCACGGCCUCUUCUGCCUGAUGUUCAUGUGCGCCGGAGAGUGGGUCACACUUGGCCUCAAUAUCCCGCUGCUCUUCUACCAUCUGUGGAGGUUCUUUCAUCGGCCGGCCGACGGAUCGGAAGUGAUGUACGAUCCGGUCAGCGUGAUGAACGCCGACAUCCUCAACUACUGCCAGAAGGAGUCCUGGUGCAAGCUGGGCUUCUACCUGCUCUCUUUCUUCUACUACUUGUACAGGUGAGGAGAGACGUGGUCGUCCCAGAGG